UUGGUAUGUAUAGUAAAUUAUUUUGUAACAGUAAAUCUUUGUUUUCUAGUUGUCUUUCAUUAGCUGGUUGUUGUACUAUUUUUAGGUUUCUUCACCAAGGUGACACAAACAAGGGAGCUUGUGAUGUUGAGUUUGCAACUCUUUUUUAUCUUUUAAUUGGAUUGCAGCCAUUUUUAGGCAUCUUAUUACGCAUCCACAUCAUGUUUGUCUUAGUUGAGAUCGCCUGUAGCAAUGUUUUUCUAUUUUAGCACCCCUUUUUAACUGACUAUUACUUGCUCAAACACCAUUGCCUAGCAGUGUUGCAAGGUCGCCCGGCCACAGCAGCAACAUGGGCUCCCACCGGUCGAACAACUUGUCCAAGGAGAGGCUCAAGUGGACGAAAGAUCUGCACGACUUGUUCGAGAAGGCAGUCAAUCAGAUUGGAGGUCCAGACAGGGCAACUCCUAAAGGUAUUCUCAAGGCUAUGGAUAUUCCUGGGCUGACUAUCUUUCAUGUCAAGAGUCACUUACAGAAAUACAGGAUGUCAGUAUUUACUCGAGAAGAAGACUACACGAAAGGGAAGCUUGAUAGACGAAGCGUAUCGGAGAUGCUGCCCAACUUCAGUGCUAUCUCGUGAGUCUAUCCGGGGUGCACAACUAAACGAGGCAUUGCAGAUUCAAAUGGAUGCCCAGAGAAGACUGAGCGAUCAGCUUGAGGUCCAGAAAAGCUUGAAGAUGAAAAUCGAAGCACAGGGAAGAUUUCUAGACAAAAUCAUGGAGGAGUACAAGAACCGGCAGCCGGGAACCACCAAGUCAUACUCUCCGAUUCUCUCACUGCCGUCUCUCAGUGAUGAAUCGGAGCAGUCGAAUGACAAGGAAUUCGACUCGGACUUGGAAGGCAUUAGUGAGAUAUCAUAUAAAGAAGAGCUCCGGCCUCCAAAGAGGAUCAAGAUUGUUCAGGAAAAUGUUGUUCCACAAAUGCCAAUAUCGUUCAAUCUUGAUUCACAAAACUUGAAUAUGUUCCCUCUUGAUGGGAUCAGCAAGAAUCUGUAUGCAGAGCAAGAGAUGGGCUUCAUGCCAUGGGGCAGCGACACCUUCUCGCCGUCGCCAGGCAUGUACAGCCAUCUGAAUCGGUGAGAAAUAAUAGAAGGGUGUCUUGUUUGUGCAGUAAAAUAAGGUUUAUGUGUUGGUGGGGACUGAAAUUGAUGGUCAGCGUAUAAUGAUGUAAUGAAUAAUGGCUAGAAUUGCCAUCGUUUGAGAGAUGUACUUGAUGGUAGA